AAAUCUAAAAAAAAAAACUAAUUUUUUGGCAGAUUGACGUUUUGUUAUCCAACGAACUUACUCAGUGCAUGCUCAUGUGUGAUGUUGAUUCAAAACUUCUUAUAACUGGAUGCUGCAAUGGAAAUAUUGUUAUGUGGGAUAUUGAGACUGGAUCAGUUACAAACAUAAUCGAGUUUAGUAAAGCAGAACUUGCGAGUAGCUAUGAAAGUCAUCGUCAUCGAAACAAAGAGCUCUUCCCUCAUCGUGUUAACGGGAUGCUUAUCUUGCUCCACGUGAUCUUCCGUCCUGAUCCGGAGGAGCUCAAGAAAAGGAGGAAACUGUUGAAGCAGCAGAAGAUGGAAAAAGAAAUGGCUGAAGAUGAAAAUAAAUCCUCAGAUGAGGAUGACAAUGAUGAUCAAGCAGAAGAAGAAGAAGAAUUAGACAUUCAGGAGGAUGGUAGUGAUUCAGAAGAUCAUGAAGAUGAUGAUCACGAUCAUGAGUUGGAUCAUGAACUUUUCAUGAAAGAUGAGCCGAUAAAAAUGGUGGAAAUUAAAUUUCCAAAAGUGAUCGCAUCUUGCCAUCAAGAUUCACACAUUAGAUUUUGGUCGCAAAGUGGCGACCUUCUGUGCUCUGUAACUCCAAUGAUGCGAAUCUUGUCUCCGCUUACUUGCUUGUGCUGUGAUGAGUUCGCAAAUCUUAUUAUUGCCGGAGAUGCAAAGGGUUAUGUCAUUGUGUGGGAAGUCACUGAGUUUCUACAAAAAACCACAACAGUUUUCUCUCAGCCUGCUAGGCAGGAACUAGUGAAGCAAGUUGUAUGUUGGAGAGCCCACCUUACAAAAGUUGUCAGUUUAUGUUUUGAUAAUAAAAGCAAAGUCUUGAUUUCUGCUUCAUCGGAUGGCUCUGUAAGAGUGUGGUAUCCUCUCCGCGGACAAUACGUUGGUUACUUUGGUCAACAUAGGAUCUGGCACAUUUCCCCAAACCCAUCUGUUCCAUCCAGUCCUGUACUUCCUUAUGACAUCACAGAGACACCUUUGAGCACCGUGAAUGUGAAAGCUACGAGACGUAAACCUCAGAACAAGAAAUAUGACUACCCGCUUGUGUUCGAAGCAGAAAAAUGGCAACCUUUUCGUAGAUCAGCUUAUAAACGUGAGCCCACCCAAACAGAAACAAACCAGCUUCCCGUGCAAAGCAAUUUGAAUGUGAUUGAAAUUCGAAAUAAGAAAUUUUUCAGCGCUUUGGUAAAACCAAGAGCUGAUAAAAGUGGAUUAGAAUCUGACAAGCCAAUUGAUUCAGAUACUGGAGCAAUCUUCCACCAUUUACCUGUGUACAGAAUAAGAACACCACCUGUGCAAAUGCGACCAACUAAUCUUGGGUACGAAGCUGCUUGGAAAGAAGACGACGGUGGCAGCAGAGAGGCGAAACGUGGCCAACAAGCGAAUUCGAAAAAGGGAAAUUUUCCUGCGGUACUUGAACCGGCGUCUCACAAAGCCAGCAAACCGAACAAAAUACAGGGACUUUCCAAUCCCCGGAAGCGGUAAAGAGAAAAGUGUUUCAACUUUAUUUACCUUAUGUGGUCAUACGUUGCUGUAAUUCAACUAAUCAGUUUCACUUGUGUCUUUUCUCAAAUGCCCAGUUUCGAUUGCACUUAAACAAUUAUCGCUUAUAGCAUUUUUUCUAUUAGACCUUUUACUACGCCCUUUUUAGUUAACAGUUACAUAUAGUAAGGUGGGGUAAGAUGGGACACCUUUUUAUUCUAUUUCCUUGCUCAAUUUGGUAGUAAAAAGAACAUUCGAAGAAUUAUAAAACCGUAUCAUCAAGACUCCAAUAGACCGUUGUUAAUUGUUUAAAACACGAUUAGGAUAUUUGGAUACUAUGUGCUAAAGGUGUCCCAUCUUCCCUCCUUGUACUAUACAUUAUAUUAGGUAUUUGUAUUCUUAUAAAGCACUGUUUUACACGGUCAGUUGCUCUCUAUUGGCAGUUGUAAACCCAAUAUGACAUAACGCACAUUUUAAUGUGUGGUAACCAGAGAAUUACUUUUAUUUGGCCUUAUUUUUAAAUGUGGUGUACUUAAUACCUAAAACUGUACAAUAUAUGCUUAAAGUAAUUGUAACAUAGCUAUAAUACAGAUAAGUUUUUAAAA